AUGAUGCUACAGACCAGAAGCGUAAGGACAGGCACACCCAAGAAGUCAGUGACUACCACAUUACCAGAGACCAGCGGCGUUCCCAACUUCAGUCCGCCGCUGUCCGCCCGAUCCCGUCUUCCCAGCCCCUGUGUCUCUCUCAGGCACAAACUACCACCCCUGAGUGCGGACGGAGCCGGAGCCGGAGCUCGGAACCGUGUUGUAGACUUCGACCGUGAGCCAUCUCGAGCUGAUCUAGCUCGCACCGCGCAGACUCCUUCAGCUACGCCAGUCCUGACACCAGCGGCACCAGUCCCGACACCAGUGGCACUAGCGGCAGCGGCGACACCAGCACCACCGUCACCACCAGUAGCUAGCCGGCUGAGACGUCAGAUUCCUGCAGGAGUGGCUGUCCGCCAGCUUAGACUCGUCUCUCCCAGGCGGAGACCGGAGGCGACUGUAGAGAAACCACUGCCGAGGCUGAAAACAGCCGGAGCCGCGGCUGAAGGAGCCAGUGGUUCUGCUGCCGCUUCUCCUGCCGCUGUAGCUACCGCAGCUGUUCCCGCUACUGCUACCGCAGCUGUUCCUGCUGCCUCUAACGCUGCUGUUUCAGCUAUUGUUUCUGCUGCUGUUUCUGCUGCAGUUUCUGCUGCCGACACCUCCGCAUAUCCAGCCGUCUCUUCGCAUCCCCGGCCGGCAGACCGCAACUCUUCAACCAUGGAACAGACGGAGGACGCCAACUUCAACCCGGUGGUGGUACGUCGCAACGUAUCGAGCUCAGCGGUCCUCUCCCCGUCCCAGCGCCGGAGGCAGAGCACCGGAUCCCCACAGAGGCGACCCAACAGCACCUGCAGUCCCGUGCUCUCCGCCAGACCACGGAGCACCCUUCUGAACGACAACCAGCGGCCGACGCCUGGUCUGCCGCACGGGGCAGGCGCUGAGCCGGGGAUGUCAGACCUGACGGGCGGAGGGCAGACGGUCGGGAGGGGUGGCAGCUCGGAUGGUACGGAGGAGAUCAUGUUGGACGAAAAUGUGAACCCGGCGGCGGUGAGGAAGACACGGGGGAAGGCGCUCAUCAUACGGAGGGGAGCUUCCAUCUCAUCGCCGCCUCCGAGAGCCACCCAUGCGUCACCAGCGGGGAAAUCGGCAUUCAGAGAUUCAGAAGCUGGACCGGAGGUGGCGCUGCUAUCGGAGGACCUCUUCGGCCCGGCUGCGGCGUCUGCACCUACAACAAACAGUAAGACCUGAUUUGUGUUGACCUGU